AACUCAUCCAACUCAACCAGCGUUCCACCUCAUUGAAUCGACAGUCUUCUGCUUUGCGAGAUUUCAAGUUAGUCCAGGCACCAGUGCAGCAGCAGCAAUAGCAGCUCAAGAACCCACCUGAUUUCCGUCGUACAUUUUAUUUUUCUCUGCACGGCAUUCGCUAUGGCGUUCAGAGCCCUCGUCCUCACCUGCAUCCUUCUCCUUGCGGCGAGGUCCGCCUUGGCGCAGCGUGGUCCGCCUGGCGGAGGUCUUCCCGGCGGUCAGGGACCAGGGGGGCCGCGCGGUGGGCCUGGCGGUUCCGGCGGGCCUGGCGGACCUGGCGGUGAGCCGCGCGGUCCUCCGCUGAACCUGACGGUCGUCGGGAAUCUGACGGCCGAUAUUGGCGCGCGACUGGCCAAUUGCUCCGCGGACCAGAAGGUUCUUGACGGCCGCUUCCACCUUGCCAUCUUUAAAAACUCCUCUGGCAGCUACAACCUGCUGGUCCACGCGCUCCUCGUCGACGCCGCCGGCAGUCCGCCCGACUCGCUCGCGAUCGUGCAGGGCGCCGCGUGCGACGCUGCCGCCACGGCUGUCCUCUCGCUACCUGUGGCGGCGUCCGACUGGCAGCAGCGCGCGGGCUGGUGGCUGCUGCACGCGGAGGCGCGGCUCGACGCGUUCCUCGAGAAUGCCGACGCCGCCACCGUCGACGCGCUGCUCGCCGCCCUCCCCAACGCCUCGCUUCCCCGCAACAGCGGCCAGGGCAGCGGGAAUGGCAGUGCGCGGGGCGCGGGGGGCGCGCGGAACGGGCAGGGCGGGAGGCGCAUGGGGCUGGGGAUGGGGCGGGAGCUGCUGAUGCGCGCAAUGGGCAAGCAGGCGGGGAAGAAGCAGGGCGGGCAGCAGCAGGGGGGAGCGCAGCAGCCGCCUGCAGGUGGCUUUUCAGGUGGAUUUCCAGGUGGCAAUGGCGGAGUGAACAGCACAGUGAGCGGGUAUGCUGUGCUGGCUGGCAGCAGCGCAGCAGGUGUGACGUGGGGCGGGCAGCUCAUGGGGGCCAAGGUGCCUGCUGCCGCUGCUGCUUGACAUCCUCCUGCCGUCCAUGUGGGGUUUGGCUUGGUACAGCUGUAACGUGAUACAAGCUCCUCAGGCUGAUGCUGCUGCUGAGCUGGGUACGGUGCUUCAAGGAAGAGCGGGAGUUGAGGGCUUCUCGUCCUCUUGCAUAGGGGCGUGCUUUGUCUCAUGUUUGAAGUAGGCUAGUAGGUCACAGAAUCAGGGGCAGGAGUGCUGGCAAUUCCACAACUGACUUGCCAGUCUUCCUACCCCUGAUUGUUUGAUAUGAGGAGUGUUUUGCCGUCUGUUUUAUGUGAAAGUAACCAUGCCAUUCCACUGUUUGUGCUCGGUUUGACUAACGGCGCCGAAUGAACCAAGCUGCUGCCCACGAAGCGAUGACUGCGAGGGGCUGGCUUGCGCUGUGACUCUUCUCACCUCCUCUCCUGCGCCUUUCCACUCUGCAGGGGUUUAGCGCUAUGCACUCAUCCUGACCCUUGCAGGCGGGUGUUUGAUGCUGGCGCAGAAAGUACGCUGCUGACGUGGACGACCUUAUCCGCUCGUCCACGUCAGGCCGAGUGGCUGGCUUGAUAGCCGAGUCCAUGCAGAGGUGGGUGGCACAGUGCCUCUGACACGUGGCUACCUGCCAUUGGUGUAUGAUUCGAUCAGAGCAGGAAGGGGCGUGUGUAUUGUAGACGAGAUGCAGACGUUGUUUCUUCACAUGGGGUCGCACUACUGGGGGUUGGAGACGCAGGGGGUGACUCCAGACGUCGUUACUAUGGCCAAUGUAUUGUUAGAGAAGUGCUGCAAGGGGUGUGUUUUCUGCAUGACUCAGCAACCCCCACUUCUCCGCCCUCUCUCUCCCCCCUUGCCCUGGGCAAUAGCCCUGGUCGUGAGUUUUCUGAACACAUCA